UUUUAACUCAACAAACUUUCCCACUUAGCUCCUUAGAAGAAUUUCAACGCUUUAAUCACCAAACUGCUUGUUUCAUAAGUUAAAGGCAAACGUUCCCAAGCAUUAUCGCCAUGAUUGGAAAAACUCAAGUCAUUGUCAACAUGUGUAACACAGAAACUGUUACUACUACAACUACUAAGGCAAACGGCGAUGUCGUGCAAACUACCAAGUUCAAGACAAUUGAUUGCGGGAAAUCGACUUGCGCCAAUUCAGGCUCCUACAACCCUAAUGCGCAGUAGUGCUGGGUCGGCGGCCUCUUUAGGAUCGUUUCAGGAUGGAACGUGAAAUCAGCAUCUUGUUUCUUAUUGUUAAGCAUCAUUAAGCAUUU